AUGAAGACACCGUGCGCCGGUAAUCGGGAACCAGUAUCGGCUGCAUGCACAGAAGAGGCCGGCAUCGCGCUCGUGGGCGUACACUCAGAGUAUCCCAGGUACAUGGAGGAGCGAGGCCUCGGUGGCGGCGUCUGCAAAGGUCCCGGCACGAUACAAGGUGGGCCCGGCCAGAAGCACAAACCGAAUGUCGGCUACCGGUUAGGGCGGCGGAAAGCGCUGUUCGAGAAGCGGAAGCGCAUCAGUGAUUACGCCCUCGUCAUGGGAAUGUUCGGCAUUAUUGUGAUGGUGAUAGAAAACGAAUUAAGUAGCGCUGGUGUAUAUACUAAG